GCCACCGCCGCCGCCGCCGCGAGAGCUGGGAGAUGAUGACCGUGUCGCUAGAAGCCUCUCCUCAGCGUAGACUCCUUCCGUUGCCGCCAGGUUACGAACUCUCGUGGUGGAUUAGAAGGGAGAUCCUCUUUGUUGCGCCAUCUUCUGCGUCUCUGGAGCAAGAACACCAGUGCCGGCGACAACAAUCCUUCCCGUCCCGCAACCGUCAUUUGGUCCUUCCCCUUCCCACGGUCAUCCUCUUGGCUCGGACAAGCCCCGUUCGUCCAGGUGCUCAGGCCCGAAGAAGCAAAUAAGCUUAGCACCUUGGGAGAAUGUUUUACCUCAGCCUAAUCGAGCAUAACUUGCGUUUGCCUCCUCACUUGCUUAACCGUCCGCUUGUUGAUGCAAUCAAGGAUGAACUUGAGAGGCUGUACUUAGACAAGGUUAUCACAAAUUUGGGUCUCUGCAUCUCUGUCUAUGACAUUCGGUCAUUGGAAGGUGGUUUUAUCUACCCUGGAGAAGGUUCCUCCACGUAUAAGGUUGUGUUUAGGUUACUUAUCUUUCGACCAUUUAUUGGGGAGGUUAUUUGUGCAAAGCUUAAAGCAUCCGACGCCACUGGUUUGCAUUUAACUCUUGGCUUUUUCAGUGACAUACAUGUUCCUGUGCAUCUAUUGCCAAAAGAAAGCGAAAUGGGGGAAGAUGGCAUAUGGGUGUGGAAGCAUGAAUUUGGAGACUUAGCUAUGGAUUUGGAUGAGGAGGUGAACGUCCGAGUGACAAAAAUUAACUAUCCUUCCAUCCCUGUGGAGCAAGAUGCCAAUGCACAACCUUUUGCUCCUAUGCAGAUCAUAGGUGAGAUCUAUGGAGAUGGCUUGGGUCUGAUUUCAUGGUGGGCAGAUUAAUGUUCAAGAUAAUCACUCGUACCAUUGCCAACAUUAGUUCAACCAAAAUCUUACUUUCCUUGAACAGUGUGUGCCCCUUUUGUUUUCAUAGUUUAUGUAUGCACUAGCAAUUAAAUCCUGUGCUAUUGGGAACUUGCAGAACCUGUAUUUUAAGGGAUCUUGUUUUCAUUGGCAUAUGUAAUCGUUUGAUCUAAUUGUAAUUUGAGCAGUUCCCAUUAAUUGAAAACAGAUUGCUUUUUGUAGCUUGUAUAUUAACUACUUAUUGAAUUUUAAAAGAAUCGAUCAUGCUGAAAAA